UUUGGCUCACAGUGGUCGGGUGUUGCCUCCCUGCUGGUCCGGGUCCCCCCUCCCCAAAAACUGAAACUCAAAUUCAAGCAGGUUUCAUCAAAGAUUUAAGGUUCAAGAUCGUCAUCGUUCAAAAAACACCACAAUGGACCAGCACAAGUAUCGCACGGCCGGCGUCCAGGAGAAGCUGGAGAUCCUGGGCGUGGAGGACGAGGCCGGGAACCCCAUCAGCGCCCUGACCAUCCUGUCGCUGCUGGAGCGCGUGGCGGGAAUCAUCGACAACGUCCAGUCCUGCCAGCAGCGCAUGGAGGAGCGUCAGCUGGAGCUGGAGAACAACAUCAAGACCAUCCAGGGCGACGUCCUGAAACUGGCCAAGGACCACACCGACACCAGCGGCACCGUGGAGAAGCUCCUGCAGAAAACGCGCAAGGUCAGCGCCAACGUCAAGGAGGUGCGGUCCCGCGUGGAGAAGCAGAACGUCCGCGUGAAGAAGGUGGAGACGACACAGGAUGAGCUGUUGACCAGGAACAAGUUCAGAGUCGUCAUCUACCAGGGCGACACUGAGGUCCCAUCAGUAGCCGUCACUAAAGGACCCAAAGGACCCGGUCUGGCGGGGGUGGAGAUUGAGCCGGACUCGUAUGACGUCCCUGCCGACCUCUCCUCCGACGAAGAAUACCUGAGCGUCGAGGAGACCGAGUCGUCCAGAGCCGCUCGCAUCAAGAAGUCGGUGGCCAAGAGCACGGAGACCCUGAAGGCCGCCUUCUCUAAGGAGAACAUGAGCAAAACCAAAGACAACCUGGGCACCAAGUUCCACAACCUGGGCGAGAAGGUGAUGCCGCCCGAGCGCCGCGAGAAGAUGCACCAGGCGGGAGAACGUCUGAAACAGUCCGGAGAACGCCUCAAGGAGAACAUCGCCAAGAAAGCGCCCACUAAAGAAACCUUCCGAAUCAAGCUGAAGAAGGAGAGGGCGGUCGCCGAGGGCCAGGAGGGAGCCGAGGCUGCUGAGGCCGCUGCCGCCGAGGCCGCCGGGGCCGUCACCUACACCGAGGUCGUCACGGAAACCAAGAGGGAAGGGCCUGUGGAGGAGGCCGGAGCCACCCGGAUAGGAGCGGAGUAGGACCACAGGAAGUAGAUCAUCUGGUACGAGGAGACACACGGACUUUGAAGAAGGACGACCGCGACUGGGAUUUAAGAGAGAUGCAAAGAAGGUCUGUGAUUGGUCAACAAUUGGAGGAUGUUUAUAUCUGUUAUAGCGGUGGAUUGGGUAUCAGUAAUGUGAGAAAAUGAACUGAAUAAAUCUGCAAAUG